AUGCCCUGCGACAGUGCCCAUGCCUCGGCAGUCUAUCUGGAUAGUGGCCUUAGUGCGUUGCACAUAUAUGAAGGUGUCAGCUACGCAAUCACACUUUUUACGUCUCCACUGCCUGAGCGGAACUCUUCAAGGAUGGCUAAAGAUUUUGAAAACGUUGACAGUCUCUACUCAUCAAUUAUCGCCCUUCUCUCUAGUGGUCAUAAGAGGUCGAGGUGUGGUUAUGAAAAGAGGAUGAAGAAUUUUGCACUCGGUGUUGAACAUCAGGAACAACUCUUCAGAACUCUGGACACUGCUUCCGAUGCUGUUCAAGAAAAUUUGGACAAGAUGCGUUUUGAAUGCAAAAACUUGCAAUAUGAAUGUGAAACCUUCUUAAAGCAGGUUGAGGAAUCUGAGGAAAGACAUCGAAAAGUCCUUGCAGAAUCAUCACAGAGGGACAUUGAACGGGAGAAUCGGCUGGCUCAGAUAAGGGCUGAGCUGAGAAUGUAUGAAAAUAUUUUGCAAAUCGGAAUUGAGGACGUAGUAAAUGGAGAAAUUCGGGGUGUGAUAUUUAAAUCCAAAGGUCUUGCUUACUGCGACUUAGAGGGAGUAGACGGGUCGGAGGAGGAUAAGGAGAGCACUAACGUGUCCCUGCACCAAUACUCCCGGCUUAAUAGCCUUUACUCCCAACUCGAAGUGUCAGAUCAAUGGAAACCAUUUGUACAGAGCUUCAGAUAG